AUGUUUUCCCGAAUUCUUCGUGCUAAUCAAAUGAUUAUCCGUAAUCAUGUACGAAACUUGGCCACACACGCCGAACAUACCCAUAAACCGAAUCCAGAUUUCUGGAAAAAGGUUUUCUUUUUCGUUUCGUGUCCCGCUAUAGUUUUGGCAGCAGUCAACACCUAUUUAACCGAAAUGGAACAUUAUCAUCAUUAUCAUCGUCCAGAAUUUAUUCCAUAUGAACAUCUUCGUAUCCGUACUCGUCGAUUUCCAUGGGGUGAUGGUAACCAUUCAUUGUUCCACAAUCCUGCUACCAAUCCACUUCCUGAAGGAUGGGAAGAUGAAAUUUCACAUUAG